AUGAUGCUUUACACCACUAAUGUAUGCAGGAGCUGAUUCAUUUGACCUUUGUAACACUUAGAACAUCAAUUUAAGUUUUGGUUUUUUAUUUUUAAAAUUAUGUCAGAUUCAAUCGACCCUCGUGAAGUCGAUGAAUCUAACUCAUCUGAAGUAGAAACUGAGCCUUCCAUAGAAUGGUGCUUAGAAAAUGGAUAUAAGAUACCAAAAUGGCUCCUAAAGUGUAAUUUAAAGUGCCCAUAUGUAAAGGGGAAAAUUUUCAAUGGUAAAUAUGGUCCAAUAAACUAUUCAGUGGUUGGCGAUCCGUCCGCAAGCUUGGUUUUAACAUUCCACGGAUAUAAUGCUACACAUACUACAUUCUCAAUUUAUCAAAGUGUUUUAUCCAAAAACGGGUUCAGAGUCAUAUCAUUUGAUCUUUACGGUCAUGGAUUAAGUGGUUACCCUAAAUAUAAAGUAUUCGGGAAUACUUUUUCCCCGAAAUAUUAUGUGGACCAAGCGGACGAAGUUAUUAAUCAUUUGGGAUAUACCGGUAGGAAGUUAUCAGUUAUUGGAAUGUCUAUGGGAGCCUGCUUAGCAGCUUCUUACUGUGAAACACAUCCAGACUUAGUUGAGAAGCUCAUUUUAAUUUCUCCAGCCGGUCUAAUACCAAGAAAGCCAAUGAGGGUUGUUUUUCUAAAAUAUAUCCAGUGUUGCAUACCUUGUACCCCGAUGUGCGUCUCAAAGUGCUGUUUUGCUGGACGUGUUACAACUCCAAAGACUAAAUUUAAGGAUGAACCUGUGGAAAAUUCAGAGGAAUGCCCUGAAACUGAUCAGUGUGUAUCAGUUGACGAGGUUUCUGAUGUAAACACGGAGCUAAACCCUAUGUUAAACCGUAUGCUGUGGACGCUUUUCGUCACCAGAAGGGCAAUUUCAAAUCUGCUUGGAAUUGUUAAUAGGAUGCCGCUGUGGAGUAGCCGUGAACUGUACAGAAGAGUCGGGGGAAUGGGAAAGUUAACCCUGAUUUUGUUUGGAGAUUCUGAUACUUUAACCCCUCCAGAAUGUGCAGAUGAACUUUCCAGAUUAUUCACCAACUCCCAUACCAUAAUCUUCUCAAAUUCAGACCAUCUUUUGUCUUUCAAAAAGCCUCUCCAGGUAGUGAGCACGUGCUUAUCCUUUUUGGGGAUUCCAAACCAAGAGAAUGUCCAAAAUUACACUAGAUGGCUUCCUUUUGAUCGGAAAGGCGUUUAUAUUCCAAAAUCUAAACGCGAGUUGGGUCACUCUGAUUAUCUAGAGUUUACACACAGUGUUUCUCAACCCUCACUUGAUGGCUUAACUUAUCACUCCUUUUCCGAUGAACAUUCCAAAUCUUCCGGCAAAAGUCCUUUUAAGAUUUUUGGAGAUUAUUUACCCCCUGAUCGCACCAUUAAACAGUUAUCACUUUCCGAAGAGUACCCCCAAAAGAGAGUUCCACUUGUAGUGGUCAAACAGUUUGAAAAUUCAUAA